AUGGCUCGCCCCAGCAUCCUCACGUCCAUGUGUCGGUCAUGUCAACGCUCGUACAUGGCACAGACACGACGCAGUGCCUCCAACACCACACGCAGCCAGGAGCCCAGCAGUCUCGCCGAACGGCUUGGAAUCCGAAUCGAACCUGAGACGCCUCCCAAGGAGCCCCAGGCUCUCGACCAGAUCGCCGAAGCGCUCCGAAGACCGCAAAAGACCUCGACAACCUCUCCAUCCAGCGACAACGCUCAGCGCUCGGGCCUGAGUUCCCUGUUGACGGGCGACCUUCGCUCAAUUGCACGAAGCGCACGAGACGAAGCGGCCACGCGACCCAGCGCGCGCGUCUCCGCCGACGAGCCGUACCACAUCACCGUCUACGCGCACAAGCACAACACGCACAUCACGUUCACGGAGCCGUCGCGGAACCCGAUCAUCUCGCUGUCCACAGGCAACCUGGGCCUGCGGAAAGCGCAGCGCAGCUCGUACGACGCCUCGUUCCAGCUGGCCGCGUACACGUUCCGCAAGAUGGCCGAGAAGCAGUGGCGAGUCGGAGGCAAGAAGACGACCCAUAACCAGAUGAUGACGCUGGCGGACAUCCGCAAACCGGGCGCCAUGGGUGGAGGGGCUGGCAUAGAAAUCAUUAUGAGAGGAUAUGGGCCCGGGCGAGAGGCGUUUCAGAAGGCAUUGCUCGGGACCGAGGGGAGGAUGAUCAAGCCGCUGGUCUCCAAGGUCACGGAUGCCACGCGCCUGAAGUUUGGCGGGACCAGAAGUCGGAAGGUCAGAAGGCUGGGUUGA